AUGAGAUGCUUUUCAGUAACUUCUCGAGGAAAGCAUGAGUCUAAUGAAUCGUCACUGUGCUCGACUGUUAUCACCACGAGGAAAGUGACUCAUUCUGGUACCUCGACUGGGAGCCUUUUCCUUAGAUUUGGCUGCGUGGUGUUUGGCGUCAUUGGUGUAGUCUACUACUCGUUUCUUGUUUUUCUAUGCGUUGUUGACUCGAAGCUGCUCAGCAUUCACAACAGCUCUCGAUAUCUGCGCUAUCGUCUUCAUUUUUAUCCAGAUGCAUUUCAUUUUCUGCAACUCGAAGAAUCACCUUCCGCUACUGCUCCAUUGCCCUAUUCACCAGUGCUUACUGUUACCUUUGCUACUUUGAGCUAUCCAUCACCGGACAUCAUCCGAUAG